CUGUAUUAUUUGUACAACAACGCGCAGGUAUGUUCACUUAUUAUUUACGUUACGUUACUGCUUAAUGCAGUAAUUUGUUAAGAAGUUGGAAAUGGAAAUGGAAUUGCAUAGAAAUUCUUCAGUUGCGCUGACGCCAGAUCCAUGGUCAGUACACGGUACGACGGCAGCUGUGGACGACCCAGUGGACAUUCAGUUUGAAAACGAUUUCACUACUUAUCCACCACAAUCGAAUUAUUUCCAACCUCUACCCGACACUAAAGAAUACUUACAGCGUUUAGAACAUAAACUAGAUAAGUUGAAGAACGGAUCACAGUCUGAUCAAUCAAAACGUAAACAGAUCAUUGAUCAGUUGUGUGACGCACGCAAAGCUUGUCUGGAGAAUUUAGUAGAUUCCAACGACAUUGUGUUUGAUUCAGAACAUUCAAUAGAACCUUCUGGUUUGUCUUCUUGGAUUAACCCUGAACAACCGUUAUCUUCUGUCGAGACCCAAAAACUUAUUGAACCCGACACACAAGAUGAAUGAAUUUUGGAGUAGACGAACUUGUGUAAUAUUAACUGGUGCGAGUAAAGGUAUCGGACAAGCAUUGGCAGUUGAAAUUAGUAGAUUGUUGGUGCCCGAAUCGGCUAUGAUACUUAUGGCUAGAAAUACUAAUGGUCUCGAAAAUACCAAACAAAUGAUAAGUAAAGAAAAUAAAGAUAUUUUUGUUGAGUAUUACAGUGUUGAUUUAUAUAAUAGUAAUGCAUUAAUGUUUGAAAAAAUCCUUGAACCCAUUGAUCAAACAAAAUAUGAACUUAUCUUGUUAAUUCAUAAUGCUGGUUCCAUAGGUAAUCUAGAUCACUUUGCAGCCGACAUGAAUGAUCCCGAAGAAUGGAAUAAAUACAUGUCUUUAAACUUGUAUUCGGUUACAUGUUUAACAAGUGUGUUUUUAGCCAUGUUUAAUACUGAUAAUGUGGAAAAAUGCAUUGUAAAUAUGACUUCUUUAUUUGGAAUUCAAGCAUCACAUUCAGUUGGAUAUUAUUGUGUCGGUAAAGCCAGCAGAGAGAUGUAUUUCCGUGUUUUAGCUAUAGAAAAUCCAAAUAUCAAUAUUCUCAGUUAUUCACCAGGACCGGUACUAACUGAUAUGGUUGAACAAAUGUCAACCACUAAAAACGACAAACUUCGUAAAAAUAUGCAACAAUUACGUCAGAGAGGUCUAGUAAAAAUUGAAGAUACUUGUCAAAAACUGGUCAAUAUAUUAGCCAUGAGAAACUAUCAUUCGGGUGGUCGUAUUGAUUACUAUGAUGCUUAAUUAUUUUACUUUGUAUAUUUAUUAUUAAUUAUUCUAUUUUUUUUUCUAAGUAGAUUACAAUAAUUAUCUAUUUUAAUAAUAAUUUUUAUAAAAAACUAUGCAUAAUUAAAUUAAAUUAAAAAGAAGCUCAAAUUUUUUUAUGUAAAUGUAAAACAGUACAGUAUGAAAAACUGUUUUUUAUUGGUAAUUUUUUUAGAAUUUAAAAAUAUAUGAUUUUAUAAUUAAUAUAGAUAGACAUUCUAUUUUA